AUGUCUCCUAAAGUCUGGCUCAUCACAGGCUGCUCCUCCGGCUUCGGCGGCGCCCUUGUCCAAGAAGCCCUCUCGCGCGGCGACGCCGUCAUCGCCACGGCCCGCAACCCAGCCAAACUCUCCAACCUCGCCGCCGCCGGCGCGUCAACGCUAGCACUCGACGUCACGGCUCCGCUCCCUACGCUCAAGGAGAUCGCGUCCCAGGCCUUCGCGAUCCACAACCGCAUCGACUACCUCGUCAACAACGCCGGAUACAGCCAGACGGGCGGCCUCGAGGAAAUCACGCCCGAGGAGACGCAGGCGCAGUUCGACACCAACGUCUUUGGGCUGUUGAACGUGACGCGCGCGGUCCUGCCGUAUAUGCGCAAGGCGCGCAGCGGUGUCAUCGCCAACAUCUCCAGCGUCGGCGCGUGGAACCGGUACGCCGGUGUGGGGCUGUACUGCGCGUCCAAGUGGGCGGUGAGCGGCCUAAGCGAGAGCAUGAAUCUGGAGCUCAAGGAGUUUGGAAUCAAGGUGUGCACGGUUGAGCCCGGGUAUUUCCGCAGCAAUUUCCUGGGCUCCGAUGCGAAGAAGGACAGGAGCGGGUUGAUUGAAGAUUAUGAGGGCACGCAGGUGCGUAAAGGCGAGGCAUUGAUGGAGGCCUAUAACGGCAAACAGCCGGGGGAUAUUAAGAAGGGGGCGAAGGUCAUUGUGGAUACGUUGACGGAGAAGACGGGCCAGCCGGUGCCAUUGCGCUUGGUGAUUGGAAAGGAUGCGUGGCAAAGUAUCCGUGGCAAGUGUGAGGAGGUCAUCGCGGUCUUGGACGAGUCGAAGGAGGUGAGCUGGAGCACUGAUCUCGAUAAUCCCUGA